AUGUUUCGUUCAGUUAAUGGUCGCCAUGCAAUUGUUAACCUCGCUGUCUUGUCUGCUUCCUUCGUCGUUAUCACAUCCCUCAAGCAAUUCAUUAGGAACAGACAGAAGAAACUUCCCCCUGGCCCAGCGCCACUCCCACUGUUAGGAAACAUCUUGUCUGUUGACAGCAAGGAGCCUUGGUUGACUUAUGCCAAAUGGGCUGCUACUUAUGGAAAUUGCGGUGAUCAGAUCUCGGCACGUUGCAGAAGCCUUGAUGGACAAGCGUUCUCGCAUUUACCAACUAUAGCCACAGUCGAUCCGCAGGUUUGGUUGGUCGGUUAUUUUGCAUUCGCAGGCUAUGGUGAUGAAUGGCGUCUUUCCCGACGACUCUUCCACCAAACUUUCCGUUCUAGCUCUGCACUCAAGUUUCGUCCAAUGCAGAUCGAGCGGGCUCAAAAUGCACUAGCUCUUGGCCUUCAGGUGGUAACCUCAGAGAGAGCGAUCUUGCUCAAAAACUUUCCUUUCUUACUGAAGUUACCUGACUGGUGUUGGGAAUCCUCGCUCAAACGCGAGGUUCAAGCCUCGACUAAUCACAUGACUGAAAUGGCAGAGGUGCCAUUUCAAUAUACGCAGCAGCAUAUGUCAAGGCCGAAAACUUGGUCUUUGAAAAUCUUCAACGAAUGGAGAAGCAAGAUCAGACAUCCAGACCAUCGUUUGAGGGUGCCUUUGAAGAAAGCAGCUACUAGUGCUAUUACUACUUCAAUCUUGAUGGCUUUUGCUCUCGCCAUGGUAUCUUACCCAUAUGUUCAAGAACGUGCACAAGCGGAGAUCGAUUCAGUGAUUGGGCGGGAUCGCUUACCUACCUUCGAAGACAGAGCGUCACUACCAUAUGUUGAAUCAGUUCUGCGGGAGACUUUGCGAUGGCAGCCUGUCGAUCAAGCCUGCACUGAAGAUGAUAUUAUAGCGCCACGCGCCACCUCAAAUGAUGAUAUAUGUGAGGGUCACUUCAUUCCAAAAGGAGCCUUUCACGGGAUGAAAAAUGGUACCCUGACGCAUCUACGUUUAUACCAGAGAUUCAUGAACGCCGAUGGUGCGCUGGCGGACGAUGACCCGGCUGAUUAUGUUUUGGCUUCGGCCGACGUAGAUGUCCAGGCCGUGUGGUCGGCUAUUGUUACCAUGUUGGCCACAGUGGAAUCUUCGCCCGUAAAGAUGACCAGGGCAGCAGAUGUGCACUGGCGCUGUUCAAGAGCAAACGCGUUGGGUAAGGUGGUCACGAACGGCCUGCUAGGCUGCUCCUACCUGAGGGACGUACUAUGGGUUACGGUUUAUUCGUUACGGUCCGCUAUUUCGACUCGGAGGCUACUGAGUAGUAAAUAUGGAAUGUAUGAAGAUGUGCCAAUGUGGAGGUUGAGCGCACAUGAAACGCACUAUUAA